AUGAAGGGACCGGCUCUUAGGUGGUGGAACACUGCAUCUACUUAUUUCACCGCACAAGAGAUUCCUAAGGAUUGGCAACAUUUCAAGGUAGCAUUCUUGGAGAAGUAUUUUCCCAACAGUGUAAGAACUCAGAAGGAGCAAGAAUUUCAGAAUUUCAAGCAUGGCAGCAUGUCUGUUUCAGAAUAUGUUGAGAAGUUUGAAGACUUGGCUGAUUAUUCCCGACAAGCUAUUUAUGCUCCGGAUGAACUAUGGAAGAUUGACCAGUUCAUGAUGGGUUUGAGGGCACACAUUGCUCAUAGCGUGUCCCAAAGAGAGUUCACCAAUUAUGCUGAAUGUUUGAGGCAAUGCUAUGUUGCUGAAAACAGUUUGAAGAGGGUUCAAGAAGAGAGGAACCAGAACAGGACUAAUUUUAGGGAGCAAGGAAGAUCGGUCCAGGAUCUAAAGCCCCGUAAUCCUACACCAAAGAAGAAGCAGGGUUAUGGUGACCAAUCAGCUCAACCGCCUUAUUGUCACAAAUGUAAUAAGAAGCAUACCGGAGAGUGCAAGUACGCUUCAGUGACUUGUUUUGGAUGUGGCGAGAAGGGCCACAUAGUUCCACAGUGUCCAAAGGAGAAGAUUCCAGAGAGGACUACAGGUCGUGUUUAUACCUUAGAUGCAAGAAAGGCCAAAGGGAACAACAAUCUCAUUGCGGGUACGUGUUAUGUUAACAACCAACCUUUACGUGUUUUACUUGAUUGUGGAGAUACUCAUUCUUUUAUCUCUACGGAGUGUGUUUAUCAACUUGGUUUGGAAGUUAAUUCAUUACCCGAACCUAUGGUCAUUUCUUCGGCAACGGAUAAUACUGUGGAAGCUCGACUAAUCUGUAAGGAUUGUUCGGUAUCUUUUAAUGGUCGUGACUUCCCGAUUGAUCUAAUUUGCUUUCCCCUUAAGAGGCUCGAUGUCAUUCUUUGA